CAUCCCACACCUCCGACCACAGCAACAUGGGCGCAGAGAACUCGAAACCCUCUUCGGAGGUCAAGCAGCAUGUCUUUUCCGCAGAUCACCCCGUCCGGUUCUCGAACGAACUGGUAGACUCGCUGCAGAAGAACACCUUCACGGAUGCCACGCGCUCGAAAGCGCAAGAACUGCAGUACCAGGAGCGCCUGACCGCCGAACUCGAGAAACUGCGCGAACAGGGAUCACAAGAGUUCUCUAAGUUCAGCGAGACCCUCUCCGGUGAGGAGCCUCAGCAAUCGGAGCCCUCCCUAACAGAGAAGCUCGUGGAUGCCACAUCAUCCUCGUCCACCCUCGCCGAGAAGAAGAAGCAGCAGGACAUGAGCAGGACAAGCGUCACAAAGGAGAUCGAGCAGCUGAGGGCGAAGCUCGAGCAGAGGAAGAAGCUGGAGCAGGUUGAUGCGGACCUAAACAAGGCCAAGGAGGACGUUGUCACAUGCUUGAGGAUGCACGACCGUCGACCGCUGGACUGCUGGAAAGAAGUCGAGACUUUCAAGAGGGAAGUAGGAAGAUUGGAGAAAGAGUUCGUCGAGAGGACGAUUCGGUGAGCGACAAGGUGUGGUAACACACGUGCUUACCACGAAUGAUAAGACAAGCUCGGCCGAUUGGGGUUCUGCACAAGAUAGAGUGGGCUUGCAAAAGUGACCCAAGAGCGGCUUCCUAUUCCUUCACAUGUUCAAUUUGGGUUUUGAGAUUGUUUGCAAUCUCUCGAGUCGUACAUGCGUGUGCGUGCACGGCUUUGCACCGCCUCCCACCUUUUCAUUAUCUCUUAACGUCGAAUCCAGUCUCUUCGUUUCUUGCUC